AUGGCGGAUUGGGGACCAGUGCUGAUAGCGGUGGUGCUGUUUGUGCUGCUGAUGCCGGGGCUGAUAUGUCAGGUGCCGGGGAACAGCCGAGCAGUGGACUUCUGCAACCGACAAACAAGUGGGAUUUCCAUUUUUGUCCAUACUCUCGCAUUCUUCGGACUUAUCAUUAUCUUCUUCAUUGCUAUUGGGGUUCAUAUCUAUAUUGGCUGA